AGGUGUUGUUCACUCUGGCUUAAACAUGAAUCUUUCAGUCACCUGAGAUUAUAGAUCUAAGCUGCCUAGUUUUAACAUAUGGAGUAGAAAGACUCUGAUGCUGUAAUAACACAUAUAUGAAAAUAUUUGAAACUAUGACACACACAUUUCUGGCUGUAAUAAAUCAACAUCCUGAAGACUGAUCAGGACACUUCUUUUCUGAGAAGCAUUUACAUUACAGAUGGAUAAGGCUGCUAAAGAGCAAUACUAAUGUCAGAUACAAGCAGGACACCCAGCACAUAACAAUGACUUGGAUAUGGAUCAGAUUUUGGUGAGGUAUUGGAAGUCCGACCCAGACCAGUAGCUUCAGCAUGUUAUCUUUGACAAAAUGAAUGCUUUGAUAGUAAAGAGAAGAUUGCCAGUGCUGCUUUUUCUUUUUUACAUUUCCCUGAGUUCCAUCUCAUCAAAUACCAUAUUGGAGAAUGAUUUUCACUCCAGUUUUGUCCAGAGGAGACUGAAAGGCCAUGAACGCAGGGAGAUUCAAAAAGAGAUCUUGACUAUUUUAGGUUUGCAACACAGACCAAGGCCAUAUUUACCAGAAAAGAAGAAGUCUGCACCAUUAUUCAUGAUGGACUUGUACAAUGCAGUAAAUAUUGAAGAUUUGAAUGCUGAAGAUGUCUCCUACUUUAACAAGCCAGUCUCCUUAAAUGAACAUUCUUCACUGGCCACUGACCAAGAAAAUGACUUUCUUGCACACGCCGACACAGUCAUGAGUUUUGCUAAUUUAGUUGAAAAUGACAACGAACUGUAUAAAAAUCGCCAAAAAUUCAAGUUUGAUUUAACUGAUAUCCCUCUUGGAGAUGAACUGACAGCUGCUGAAUUUCGCAUUUAUAAAGAUUAUGUAGAAAAUAAUGAGACAUACCAAGUCACUGUCUACCAGGUGCUCCAGAAACAAUACGACAAAGAGCCUUAUCUUUUCCAGGUAGACUCAAGAACUAUCUGGGGCACAGAAAAGGGGUGGCUGACAUUUGAUAUCACUGCGACCAGUAAUCACUGGGUGAUCAACCCACAUUACAACCUUGGAUUGCAGUUAUCAAUAGAGAGUAUGGAUAUGCAAAGUGUUAAUCCCAGGCAUGUUGGCCUUUUUGGAAGGAAUGGACCUCAAGAUAAACAGCCAUUUAUGGUAGCUUUCUUUAAAACCUCAGAAAUCCAUCUCCGUAGUAUCCGAUCUACCAGCAAUAAGCACUGGAACCAGGAAAGAGCCAAGACCUACAAGGAACAAGAUAAUUUCCCUCCAGCAAAUAUUUCUGAUGGCAUCAUGCCCACUGCCAAACGUAGAUUUUUUAAACAAGCUUGCAAGAAACAUGAACUCUUUGUAAGCUUCCGUGAUCUUGGUUGGCAAGACUGGAUCAUUGCACCAGAAGGAUAUGCUGCCUACUACUGUGAUGGAGAAUGCGCUUUCCCACUUAACUCUUUCAUGAAUGCCACAAACCAUGCAAUUGUACAGACUCUGGUACACUUCGUUAACCCAGAGACUGUCCCUAAGCCAUGCUGUGCUCCAACUCAACUGAAUGGUAUUUCUGUUUUAUAUUUUGAUGACAGUUCCAAUGUUAUAUUAAAGAAAUAUAAAAAUAUGGUGGUUCAAGCAUGUGGAUGCCAUUGACAAUGCCAGGUUUUAACAGUAAUUUUAAUGAUACUGUCCAUAUGUUUAUUUUAAAGCUUUUUAACAAUAGAGAUACGUUUGACCAUCAUGUCUCACCAUCAAUUAAUAUUAAUGUUCAUUGCACAUUGGAUAAAGUUUUUUUUUAAUAUAUGCUCAUUAUUUCUGUAAUGUAUUGCCAUGAUAUUUUAUCCAAGAAGAUCAAUGACUUAUGCAACACAGUGUUAAUAUAUUACUAUGGUUGACAAAAAAUGUACAAAUGUGAUGGACAACUAAUUAAACAAUUUUUAAGACACUA